AUGCCUACUAAAAGUUUGAAAGUGGUCAUUGUCGGAGGGUCCAUCGCGGGUUUACUUCUCGCCAACGCUCUUGCUCGACAGGAGAUUGACUUCGUUGUCCUGGAAGCUAGGUCGGAAGCUGCACCAUGCGAUGGAGCGGGACUAUGCCUUUUGUCGAGCGGAGCGCGUAUUCUGGAUCAGUUGGGGAUAUUCGAGGACAUCCAAUAUCACGGUGGUCCUAUUUCCGUCCAGCGCAUCUGGCGAGAUGACGGAAAACUGCUUGGGCACACCGAAGGCUUGGCCCUAAUUACCGCCCGGUAUGUCACAACCACGCGUUGA